UCAAGCACUUCACUCACAACACACCAACAAAUCCUAAAGGCGUUCAUGCAGCCUCCUCCUCCAUCACUGCGCCGCUGUAGCACCGCUUCAACAGCCGAUGUAACUGCUCAGUAUUUAACUUUUAGCCGUUCUGUUUUUCUUCCUCCGAAGACGGCUGAUCAUUUUUCUGCUCCUGCUCCUGCUUUUGGCUGCUUUUGCGCUUUUUCGUGCGCCAGGACGUCGUUUGUCUGCGCUGACUUUUAUUAUUACUCCUGGAGGAAACCGAGCAGACAAAGAACUUUACAACCGCCGAUAUUAGGGUGCCCGCUGUAACACGGACCACAGGGCGCACGGAGGAAACCAAGUCUACUUCGGGAGCUCCAUCAGUUUUCAAGAUUUUCUCCAACUUCAGCCCUCAGACAAACAUUAGCAUGAUGUCGUAUCUAAAGCAACCACCUUACACAGUCAAUGGGCUCAGCUUAACGACUUCCGGGAUGGAUCUGUUGCAUCCAUCAGUGGGCUAUCCAGCAACGCCGCGGAAGCAGAGGCGAGAGAGGACUACUUUUACGCGCGCACAGCUCGACAUUUUGGAGGCGUUGUUCGCCAAAACUCGAUAUCCGGAUAUAUUCAUGCGCGAAGAGGUGGCCCUGAAAAUCAAUCUACCCGAGUCCCGAGUACAGGUCUGGUUUAAGAACCGGCGGGCAAAGUGUCGCCAGCAACAGCAGCAGCAGCAGAACGGGGGCCAGAACAAGGUCCGACCUGCCAAAAAGAAAAGUUCUCCCACCAGAGAGGUGAGCUCGGAGAGCGGUGCCAGCGGCCAGUUCACACCCCCUACCAGCACCACCACCGUCCCCGCCAUCUCCACCAGCACCGCCCCGGUGUCCAUCUGGAGCCCGGCGUCUAUCUCCCCGCUCGCGGACCCCCUUUCUACCUCCUCCUCGUGCAUGCAGAGGUCCUACCCAAUGACCUACACGCAGGCCUCGAGCUACAGCCAGGGCUACGCAGGCUCGACAUCCUAUUUCGGCGGCAUGGACUGCGGCUCUUACCUCACUCCCAUGCACCAUCAGCUGUCAGGAGCCGGCUCGACCCUCAGUCCGAUGAGCACGAACGCGGUAACAAGCCACCUGAACCAGUCCCCGGCGUCCAUCUCCAGCCAGGGCUACGGGACGUCCGGCCUGGGCUUCAACUCCACGGCAGACUGCUUGGAUUAUAAGGACCAGGCGGCGUCCUGGAAGCUGAACUUCAAUGCCGAUUGCUUGGAUUAUAAGGAUCAGACAUCCUCGUGGAAAUUCCAGGUCCUGUGAACAGAGCAAUCAGGUGUCAUUAAAAAAAAACAAAGUGCACAGAACAGUGACGAUCACCCCUCAAUAAAACACACAGGACCGGUUAGCACGAGGCAGGGCUCUCAGGGGCCUCGAGAUGAUCUUUGGUCCUCCUAGAAAGAGGAUACGUUUAAUUUAUUUUAGCACUGGCAAAGAGAUUCCCCCUCUGUCCCAGGUUGUAGCCCCUCAUCCAUGUCUGUCAGUGUGCCUCUGUGCGUAAAAACACCUGUUGAGGACAAAGUUACACCACAGCCACGGAACUAAUGUUUAUUCAAGAACAAAACUCAGUUCAUUCUCCUGCUUGGGAUGGACAAACCUCCUUUAAACUUUUCACACAACUUUGCCCUAACUGCAGGCAGAGAGACAUGAGGACGGUGUGUGGACAUGGAUGCACUACUUUAUUUAAGAAAAAAGUGUUUAUAAGGAAUCAAUAUGUAGUUUCUAAGAGACAAUCAGUGUGUGUCUUAUAUAAAUGGUACAUAUGUGUUUUUUUUAUCUGUGCUAGCCUUCGAAACUGUGAUCUGUUGUAUUGUAUGCAAUUUGUGAGCCCCCCUCGCAUCAGACUCUCUGCUGUGAUUUUAAUAGAUUUCUAACUUUUUUUUUUUUGAACAACGAAAGGAUGCUGAUGGUUCGAUUCCCGGCAUCACGAACAGAUACGAGACUUUCCGAGCACAUGGUAGUUAUAAGUUAAGGGUUAGAGCCCCACUGGAAGUGACUCUCGGGCCGCUGAGAGCUCUACACUUUUGCUCCCCCUCCAUUGAUCUGAGCACACGGUGAUUGUGGAUCCUUCACUGGCUCCAAAGAUGGUGUGACCUCACCGCUGAAAAAGACAUGAAUAAAGGUCCUGUGAGCUUAA